ACCCAGAUGUAGCAAAACAUGUAGGACGAUUUUACGUAUGAGCGGGGUUACCACGUGAUCCAAACAACCAUAGGGGAAGAAGUGAGGGUGCUGCAUGUAGACGCAAGUAGGUUGGGAUGCUGACCUCUAAUGCAACAUGCUUGUCAAGCUGUUACCUCACGUGGGUAACACGUGGGUGCAGACAAACUCAUUCAGCUCUGAUCAGACUGGUACUUAAUUUCAGAACUGGUUCUCAUAAUACAAAAAAAGAUUAAAUGAUGUCGCUGACACGAAGAACGCCAGCCCUAGGGUCUGUCGCUCCUGAAGAUCCUGUAGCCAAUAUAGAACUUGAUAAGGUGAAGCCAGAGAGUGAGAACUUGUUGGAAUCAAAAAAUGGAGACACCCCUGAUGGUGAAAUCAAUCAUGUUAGAAUUAUAUUAGGAGGGGAAUCAGAAUCAGAUGAUGAAGAUGCAGGAAGGACAAGUUCCAACUCCUGUAUCGAUUCCAUUCACUCUGCUGUUACUGACUUUGUCUCAAAAAAUUCAUCGAUCUUAAAGAUGGUGUUUCUAGGUAUGGUGGUGGGAAUAUAUGCAGCAUACUUCAUCACUGCUAUUGUGUUUCACCAAAUUUAUCAUUGUCUUCAGAGGCCUAAUUUGACACCGCUAGUUGCAUUAACAUGUGCAGCUCUUUUUUUGGUGUCAGUGUCAUUCAUGUGGACCCACUUCGGCAACAAAUUUUUAUCAAAAGUGGUGAAACCCAUUCACCAAGCUGUCAACAAUCACUGGGAAAUUCUGCGGUGGGUUGCAGUCCUGCUGCCUGUAGCAGGUAUUGUUGUCAUCAUCAUUAGCACCGUGUACAAGAACCCAGAGAACCUCCUGUCCUUAGCUGGUCUAGCCAUUUUCAUUUCUUUGCUUCUCAUAUCUUCUGCCUUUCCAAGCAAGGUGAACUGGCGGCCAGUGAUCGGUGGCUUCAUUCUGCAGUUCUACUUUGCUACUCUGAUUCUCAAGUGGGAUGUGGGCUACAAGGUGUUCAAAACCAUUGGUGAAGGAGCACAGAAGUUUCUGUCAUACACAGAUAGCGGAUCAGUUUUUGUCUUUGGGGAAAAAUAUCGUGAUCACUUCUUUGUAAUGCAGGUGUUGCCUGUUAUGGUGUUCUUCAGCUGUGUCACUACAAUAUUGUAUCACUUGGGCAUCAUGCAAGCCAUCAUCAGCAAAAUGGCAUUUGUCAUGCAUUUCACACUGGGCACAACAGCAGCGGAGUCUCUUUGCGCAGCUGCCAACAUUUUUGUUGGUCUGACAGAAGCACCUAUCAUGAUCAGACCCUUCUUGCCACUAAUGACCAAGUCUGAACUCCAUACUGUCAUGGUUGGAGGGUUUGCCACCAUUGCAGGGGGUGUUCUGGCAGCAUAUAUCCAGUUUGGAAUUCCACCAGAACAUCUGUUAUGUGCCUCGGUCAUGAAUGCACCCUGCGCCCUGGCUGUUUCCAAGCUGUUGUAUCCAGAAACAAAGAAGAGUAAAAUCUCACAAGUGAAUGUUAUAGUACAAACUAAGAGAGAGUACAGGAACCUGUUAGAAGCUGCUGCUGCAGGUGCUUCACUGUCCAUAGCCUUGGUGGCAAAUGUUGCAGCCAACCUCAUUGCAUUCAUUGCUCUGCUGGCAUUUGUUAAUGCUGCCAUGGGAUGGUUUGGUGCAUUUAUCUGUUAUCCUGACUUGUCUUUUCAGAAAAUAUGCCGCUAUCUGCUGAUGCCCGUUGUUUAUCUGAUGGGUGUUCGGUGGGAAGAUGCUGGAGAGGUGGCUGAGAUGGUUGGCCUCAAAACGUUUCUGAAUGAGUUUGUUGCAUAUAAGAAGCUGGCUGAGCUCAUCAAGGCUAAAAAAGAGUGCAUUCCUGACCAACCCUUUCUCUCUCAACGAUCAGUGACCAUAGCUACUUAUGCAUUGUGUGGAUUUGCCAACCUGAGUUCCAUUGGCAUCAUGCUGGGGGGUCUUGGACCAAUGGCACCAGACAGGGUGAAGGACAUGGCACAGAUUGUAUUCAGAGCCCUUUGUGGGGGAGUUGUUGUCUGCUUGAUUACGGCCUCCAUUGCUGGGUUGCUGGUUGUAGAGCCCCCAUGGGAUCAUCAAACCUCAUGCAAUGCAAGUCAAAGUGCGACUGAAAACUUUACUCAAGCUGGUCACCUAAUUUCCUCCACCAUCAGUACCAUACUGACAACGUAAUAUAAAAACGAUAUGCAUUUUAGGUUUGGAAGACUGGAGAAAAAAAAGGUGCUUUGGCUUUCACUGUAUAUAAACAGGCAGCAAGAUUUUGCUUAUUUUCUUUUUUGUGCUUGGUAAUGUAUGAAGCUGGACCAGUAAAACUGGGUGAAAUUGAUGUGUAUCAGUUUGUUGCUUAUACAAAUAAUUUAAUAGCUGAACAACUUCCAACUUGAAGACUUAUUGUAUAUCUUCAUGCAAGUAACUGCCAAAGAUGAAAGAAGAGAAUGCCAAAACUUUUUUCAGUGCAAAGACAUUCCUUAUGUUUAGACUUUGUAGCAAAAUGCAUUUUGAGAUGGUAUGUUAUCAUGCAAGUAAGCUCAGUUUAUAAAUAUCACAAAGAGGCAGUCUUCCUAGACUUUCCAUUUUUAUGCAGAUGAAAAUGUUCAGAAACUGGGUUAAAGAUUUAUGAAAAUUACAUCAUAAUCAAAACUGAGACCAGAUUUUAGUGAUGGGUUCUAAAACGUGACAUUUUUCAGAAGCCAUGAUCCAUCAGAAAAUGUUGUUGAGUGUAUUCAUGUGCUUGUUCCUCCAUGUGGAAGGAAGGGAGCAGUGUAUGUAUACAUUAAUGUAGUCAUAAUUUAAGGGCAUUGUGGAUGCAAAACUGUUUGAAGAAACAGUUUUGACAAGCAGACUGGUUUAAGUCAUUGAAGCAUUUUACUUUCUAGUCAGUAACAGCUUUUAUUAAAGUUGUAGUAAAGCUUUACAUAAUUAAAAAUAUUUUACUUACACAUAUUUAUAUACAGUUAUUGAAUUAGAUUUUUUUAUAUUGGCAAACACUUUUCACAUGUAUGGACUUGCUAUUGAAUGGGGGGAAAUCUGAAAAAAGGCUUGUUUUGCUGCAUUAUGCCAUGAUUCCAAAAUGCUAUAUCCUACCGGUGACACUGUACAAUCACUUUGACCAGUGGAUUAUAUACAAGUUUUUCACAAGGGCACUAGAUUCCAUUUGCAGAUUGUAACACUGCAGUUAGGAAAAUCCCAACACCAUGACAGUUUAUGCUUUGUGCAAAACUGCUUCUGGGUCUACAAUGACUGUGGCAGUGUUCCGUGACUACUGAUAUGUCAUCAGCUCUAGACCUGGAAACAGUUUACUGACAUCCUAAAUACACAAUAAUAAUCUUAAGAAUUUGCACCAGACAGUUAUGAAGGUUUUAAAUCAUGUUUACAUUUCACAAGUGUCAUAAUAAUUGCUAAUAUAUGAUUGUGUUCAUUAUUUACAUUAUGGUAAGGUGUGUUUUUUUAAAAAAUAUUCAUAAGCUUUCAAUAUUCAUUUUUAUAUGGUAUUAAAAUCAAAAUUUUCCUUUAUAUUUUUGAUAUAUCCAGACAAGCGCUAUUCUAGUGCUUACUACCACUGUGUCUGCUGCAAUAUCUUCCUGACAAGCUUUUAAAAGUGUUCAACAGUAUGAAAUCAACUGUGUGCUUUGGUGCUCAUACCUAUUGUUCAUCUAGGGAGAUUUAUUUUUCCUAGAUACCACAAGAAAUUUUAGUUGAUACAUGUGUUGUUAUUUGUGCUGUUGUCUACUAUAACGGCAAUAAAUAGUGGGACAAUUGGGUCUUGUCAAAGCUUCUUGCAUUAGAGGUAUUGCAGUCAUGUAAUUAAUGCAAGUCUAUUAAUAUAUUCAUGUUAUCCUUAAAAAAAAAGAUUUAACUGUGGUGCAUAAGAUAUUCAAUUUGUAUUCCUGACCAUUCCUUUAAAUUUUGGGGAAAGGUAGAAAGCAUUUACAUGUAUAUGGAUGUAUGGAAACAAACCUUUACAAUAAAAUUUACUACUAUUUAUUAUGUGAGUGGAAAA